AUGACCAUUGAGCCCAAACUCUCACUCUUGUGUGGCACCACUCCUCUGUACACCAGGAUUGUUGGAGGUCAAGAUGCUCCAGCUGGAAGUUGGCCAUGGCAAGUUAGUCUGCAGAGAUUUGGUGGCCAUGUUUGUGGCGGUUCCCUCAUCAACCAAGAGUGGGUGAUGUCUGCUGCUCACUGCUUCUCCAGUGCAAGUACGUCUGGUUGGAGCGUUUCUCUGGGUCUUCAGAGCCUACAGGGUGACAACCCAAACCAAGUGUCCAGAACUGUUUCCACCAUCAUUUUGCAUCCAGACUACGACAGCUACACCAGCAACAACGACAUUGCUCUGCUCAGACUCUCCUCACCAGUCAGCUUCACAGACUACAUCAGACCUGUGUGUCUGGCAGCGAGUGGCAGUGUGUUCAACAACGGCACUGAUAGCUGGGUCACUGGCUGGGGUGCAGUCCAGGAGGGAGUUUCUUUACCGUUCUCUGAAACUCUCCAAGAAGUGGAGGUACCAGUUGUGGGAAACAGACAGUGUGACUGUCUGAAUGGUGUGGGCACAGUCACAGACAACAUGAUCUGUGCUGGUGUUCUGGCAGAAAGCAAAGACUCAUGUCAGGGGGAUCGAGGAGGCCCUCUGCUGUGCAAGUCAGACACAUCUUGGUUCCAGGUAGCUGCUGUAACAAUGAGUGGGAGUAAAUCGGCCCGUGCAGAUGUCCAGGUCUUUUUCAAGACUUCAAGAUUUGGAUCAUUCAUUGAAAAGACAGUGGGGGAUCUGCCUUCUCCUGCAGCAGUUCUAACAGCAGAUUCACCACGUUUUUCAUUGUCUCUAUUCCUGUCUUUCACUGUCCCCAUAACCUCAAUGUCUCUGUUGUCUGUGUUGAUGUAGGCAGUUGACCCACAGUAGUGACAGCCGUGAAAUCUCUCGGUAACCUCUGAUUUAUAUACUUACAUACAGUAAUGAAAACAAAUCUUCACAUGAGGUAUUUCCGAAGAACUUUACAUUUUAUAAUGGUAAAGCAAUACAGAGCAUUUUGUUCUUAAAUAACAGAAUUUUUUUAAUGAAUCCAGUUAAAUGAAGGAAAGUUUUAAAUUAUUCUAUUCACUGCUGUUACCUAGUGUCGACAAAUGUAUUGUAAUUUAGUCAUAUUUAUAUAAUAAAUACAGAUCAAUCAUAAAAUAAAAUAAUAAAAUAUUCCAAGCA